UGUUGAUCGACAGAAAAUCUAUUUUUUUAAUGGUAAACAUUGCCUUAAUGGAGCUUCUCAAAUAUGAUGAUUUGCUGCUAUUAAUUGUCUUUUGUGAUAUUAAAUUGAUCAGGAUUUUGUUGUGGACGAAAACAAGACAUUUCAAAGACGUCACUUAGGGCUUUGGAAAAUCGUGAUGGGUAUCCUAAUGUUAUAGACCAAAUAAUUAGUUGAGAAAAUAAUUCGAAAAUGUAUUGAUAGUAAAAAUAAAGCUAGUUGCAGCCCUAAUGACAAAUCAGAUACUCAGACUACCCAUGACUGUAUUUUAAGUGGUGGAACUGAACACCUGGCACACACACUGAAUGCUAGUUUUGUUUUUACUUAGAGUAAUGUGCAUGAAAUGAUGUACAGAUUUGUUUUCAAGAUUGAUUACAGAUCAUAUUAAUCUGCAGGUUAGGUUUAGGGUUAGCUCCCUAUUUUACCUGAGGUUGUGUGUACACAAUGUUAGAAUAAAGUUACAAAUGCCUGUCACAAUGUCACAGAACUCAAGGUGACGGAAUCUGGAGCCAACAAAUAGCAUAUUUGAUUGAAAAGUGAUUUAAACUAUAAAUAGAUCAUCAAAAUAGUUGACAGUUUCCUGCCAAGUGAUCGAUUAGUCAACUAAUUAUUUCAGCUUUAUGAUAUUCUUCAAUGUAAUACAUCAAACAACAUGGUCAGUUAGCCAUUUUAUCCCUAAAAGCUCAAGCUGAUAAGGAGCAGACCUGUAUGCACACUACCUAGACUACCUAAUAGAAAAAGUCCUGCUGAAGUGUCUUUGAGCAUCUGAACAUUUAAUACCUUUUAAUUUUGGUCGAGCUGGUUUUAUCAUGACUUUUAACCUUGUUAUUGAGGUGGAUCAGGGUUUUUUUUUUUUUUUGGUUCAAAAAUGUUUUUGAAAAAUUAACUGUAAAGAGGAUGAGGGGGAAAAAAACAUCAAUGUUUUUGUUGACUUUUCAGCAGCGACAGAACAAAAACGAAGCAGUUAAUGUCCCUCUUGAGAACAUGUGGCAUUUUUAACAGCCCGUGACUGCACGGCACAGACACUGGUAAUGGGGGGGGUUUAGCAAAUGCACCAGCAUCAGCUAUAUCCUGUGCUAAGAGCAGCAGUGUACACCGUAGGCCAUUAGCUGACACAGAGUCAUAAAUGCUGUGGAAAGCCUGAUAAAGCUGCUGUCAGGAGCCUGUAGCUCACACGGAAGAAAUCAAUCAAACAAUGGAGACAGACAUUAAUAUCUCCAGAGAAGGGGAGGAACAGAGAACGUAAUCAAUCGACUGGUCUUUUGCUCUUUGGAGAGUGCAGAUUUUUAAAUAUAUUGCAUAUAGUCCCAAAUCUCAAAAACAAUCUCCAUAGAAAGAGAGAAGACUUCAACAGGUCAGGAAAGGUCAGUGUUUAAAGCUACCUAAAAAGGGUCACAAAAAGAUUGAUAUACUGUAGACACACAAUCAACUACAAAGGUUCCCAAUGUCAAGUGAAGCUGUUACACAUACGUCCUCUAAUAAUAUUAACAAACCAGGCAUAUAUGGCACAUCCCUGUUCUGCAGCAGCUGGUCUGAGGCCAUUUCUCUUUAAACCCAGUCAACCAGAAUCAAUUUGACCCAAGUGAUGUUUGCCUUUCUUCCCUCUACAUUCAGCAAUCACACUUUGUAAUGAGUCCUGAGAGGCUGCCACCUCUCUCUUCUUCAGUCCAGUUUAACAGGAUGGACAACAGUAAACGAGAAUUCUCCAGAUUACAUUAUGAGGAUAGUUCACUCACAAACAUGAGCCUGAAGGUACUGCUUUGAGGAACGACGAUGGUGAUUUCACGUCAGUGAUAAUAUGGCUGUUCCCAACACCUAUGGGCUGAUCUUUGCCUGUACCUGUGGAGUGAUCCUGGGCAUUGGGCUCUGUGCCAACCUGCUGGUCUUCUCUCUGUUUGCAAAGUACAACACAUUGCGUAAGAACCGCCUCGACAUCCUCCUACUCAGCAUGACUCUGGCUGACUUCCUCACCCUCCUCCUCAUCCCCUUCACUUUGCACUCCGCUGUAAUCCAUUCCUGGCCUCUGGGUGAUACCUCCUGCAAGGUCUACCAGUUCCUGCUGGCCUUCAGCCUGGCGGCCAGCACCUACUCGCUGUGUGCCGUGUCCAUGACCCGCGCCAUGAUCAUCACCAACCCGUACCAGCCACCCACCAUGGACCUGGUCAUCCUCAUGUUUGUCCUGGUCUGGGCCCUCAGCUUCUUCAUCAGCCUGCCACUGCGUAUGUUUGCCACCAAAGACAGCCUGGGCCCAAGCAUGGCCAACUUCACCUUCUGCCUUCCGACCAUUCAUGAGCACCACUACCAAGUGGUCCUAAGCCAGUUUGUACUUUACUACUUUGUUCCAAUGCUAGUCAUCGCCUUUAACUACGUCCGGCUGGCUCUCUUUCUCCACAAGAGCCCUGUAAUGUCAGUGUCCAGUGCCAGGAACACCCGUCGUGCCUCUGUCAUGGUGUUCCUGGCUGCUGCCACCUUCUCAGUGUGCUGGCUGCCUGGUUAUGUGCUGGAGCUGUGUGUGUACCUGGGGCUGUAUCGCCAUGGACAGGCUUGGGAGAUGUUCUAUUUUAUCUGUACUGUGCUGCAGUACCUGCACCCCUGUAUCAACCCUGUGCUGUACGUGCUGCUGUCAAAGCGCUACCGCCACAGGAGGGCAGCCUGGCUCUUCAGCUGUAACAGGAACAGAGUGCAGCCACAGGUCAUCAGCGUCACCACAGACAGCUUUUAAAUACAGCUGAUUAAGCAUCAAGCAAUUAGUUGGUGGCAUUCAGGGAUGCUAUUUUAUAUGUACUGUUUAAUACAAAUCAAUUACAUUUGUGAACAAUGACAUGGAUGUUUUUGUGAUUCAUUUCCAUAUUUUAGGUAUAAAUAUAAUAAGAAGCCAAGACAGACACGAAAAUAAUAGUUGCCUACAAUCAAAUUUUCUCAAGACAUCCAUCAAUCACAACAAAAAGCAGAAUUAAUCCUCACGAUUUAAGUAUUUGUAUCAAUUCUUAUGGAAACUAUGUUGGCCCACUGUAAUUAUCCCUUAAUAUACAGACCUGAAAAAAGUAUUAUGAUGCCUUCAUAAUGCUGCAUUUUGAUUACAUUUCUGGGCAAUAAUAUUAACUCAUA